AUGUCAGAACGACGCUCACCAGUUAUGGACGUGGGCAUUCGCAUAAGGAGCGGCAAGUCGCGCCCACAGUGCACGGAAAUGUGGUGUUUCGCAGAUGGUGCGCGCGGCGGCCCUCUGGCUUGUAUAUGCACUUCCAUGGUUGCGUUACGUCAGCAUUUUGGAGCAGCGGUGACUAUUGGCCUUGCUGGGGAAACUCACGGAGAUGUAGCAGAUUCUAUCCGUCAGGCCCAUGAACGUGCGGAGGGACCGUAUGCCAGCACUACGCUGGUGGUGUUUGGAAUCGGACGUUUGCCCGCGGAGGAGCUCGGUCGAUGUCAGAACGGCGCUCACCAGUUAUGGAAGUGGGCAUUUGCACACGGAACCGCAAAUCGCGCCCACAGUGCACGGGAAUGUGGUGUUUCGCAGAUGGUGCGCGCGGCGGCCCUCUGGCUUGUAUAUGCACUUCCAUGGUUGCGUUAUGUCAGCAUUUUGGAGCAGCGGUGA